AUGGCGAACGAAGGAUUUACUGUCCCAAGUCAAUUUGGAGAUGGAUCCAAUACUCCUAAAGCCGCAGUACUGAUUAUUAUUGGAGAACCGUCAUCCGAAGAACACAGGGAUUUGAUUUUGGCUGAAUUAACGAAAGAUUGGAUGUGUCGAGUUAAAAAGGAAAUUGAAAGUACUGGAGUAGAGGAACCGGCUGAGUUAUUUAUUUAUUUAUUCAUUUGGUGUACUAUUGACAAAGCUGUAGAUUUUCUAUAUUGGUCAGAGUUUCUGGCUGGAGCUCCCAAAUAUCUGAUUGGAUUUGAGAAAUAG